AUGCGAAUUGCGCCUUACUUUGUUUUCGUGUACGUCGCCAUGUCUUUCGCCGUCUCCGAUUCUGAGUUGGGGUCUCUGUCCUCGGCUGAGGACGGGGGUUUUGUUCCUGUAACCCAGGCUCCGGCUGUUGCGGCUGCCUCUGGCCGUGGAACGGCUCGCCGGCGCACACGCAGUAGUGCUCGCGUGUCCGUCCAACAGCUUGCCGACUGGCCCGUGCAUCGGAUUCUGGGCGAGCUCUACUCGCGGGACGUCUCUGUUCCGUCUGGGCUUUCGCAUGGGGAACUGUAUGACUACUUGUCGUUCCAGAACAGCUCCUCUGUUGUCCCUCAGUCCGUUCCCUUUGUCGCUCCGUCCGGGGGUAAGCGCCAGGCGAAGAAGCGUCACUCUCAGCCGGUUGCUCCGGGCGCGCCUGCGAAACGCGCCGGGCCCCCCGGUCCCGGUCCUUCCGCAGACUCCUCCUUGGCGUCCGCUCUUCUCGAGAUGAGGUCGGCUCUCACUGCCAUGAAUGCCAGGUUGGAUUCCAUGGAGGGCAACGCGAUGUCCCGCGUCCUCCCUCCCAGCAUGCCGGUGCCAUCCUCUUCCGUGUUUGCUCCGGUGCCUGCCCCUCUGCCGUACGACGUCACGCCCCUGAGGACCCUGGGAACUGCAGUUCCGGCUCCGUCUGCUGGCUCUUCGUUUCUGCCUCCUGCUGCUGCAAUCCCGGAUGCGCUUCGGAAUCAGAUCUUGGCAGGCCAUGACAUUAAUCUGGUGAAGAUUCUGUUGUGCAGUACUGAGACUGCUGAUAAGCGAUUUGUGGACUGUGGGGAGUUUUCCGUUAUCCUGAAGGAUAGCGACCCGAGGCUGUCUAAAACUCUGACUUUGGCGGAAUUUAAUGUGGCUUUUGGCGUUUUUCGGGACACUCUGUGCGAGGUUUACCCGCUUCGUCGAGCGGAAUUGGAUACCUAUUUGGCGAUCAUUUCUGACCUGGCCCUUUCCUAUGGGGGUUCUCUCUUCUAUGAAUAUCAUAAAUCCUUCUCUGCUAAAGCUGCGCUGUCCAUUCAGAAAUUCAACCAGAGGGUAGAUUGGUCUGUUGUGGAUCUAGGCUUGAUAAGUCGCCACUUUACGGGCCAUAAAACCCUGGCAUGCACCGUUUGUGGGUCUUUCUCUCACACGACCUCACUCUGUCCGAGGACUGCUCUGCAACGUCUGUCCACUUCCCGACCUUUGUCCCGUCCCGACGCUCCGGCCUCGAGUUCAGGGUUCCGUCCGAAACGUCAGGUACAAACUUUCAGGGGGUCUACGCCCCAUCUCUGUAUGAACUUCAAUGAGAGUGUUUGUACUUAUCCUAACUGUAGGUUUUUGCAUGCAUGUAGUUGGUGCGGGGACAGCCAUCCACGCUCGGUGUGCCCCAGGAGACCUCGACCUGCUCACUCAGGGAAAUAAACAUGAAGCAUCCCUCUACUCCUGUG